AUGAAAAAUGUCCUCCUGAUUUGGGUGGACAGCAAUAUUAAUAAAAAUAAUACUGAUUGUAGUAAUACAAUCAAGCAAUUUAAACGUGUGAUUAACAACGUACACACAUUUACAGAUAGUGAAGAAUGUGUUGAAUUUGUUCAAACUAUUACCAAUAACAAAGUAUGCAUGGUUAUUUCUGGUUCACUUGGGAAACAUAUCGUGCCUCAUGUACAUAAUAUGUCCCAAGUAGAUACCAUUUUUAUUUUUUGUAACAACAAAGAAUGGCAUAAAGAAUGGACCAAAGAAUGGCUUAAAAUAAAAGGAAUCUUCACAGAUAUAACAUCAAUCUGUGAAACUCUCAAACAAGCUGCUCCCGAAGGUGACGAAAAUGCCAUUCCGAUUAGUUUUGUGGCAUCACACAAGAAAUUGGAUCAAUUAGAUCCAUCAUUUAUGUAUACUCAGAUCUUGAAAGAGAUCCUAUUAACCAUCGAUUUCGAAGACAAACAUUUCAAAGAAUUUAUUGCUUAUUGUCGUGAUAAAUAUAAUGAUGAUGAAAAUGAAUUAAAAAAUGUUCUUCAAUUACAAAAAACAUACAAGAACAAGAUACCCAUAUGGUGGUAUACAUGGGAUGCAUUUUUAUAUCCUAUGCUCAAUCAGGCAUUAAGAUUAAUGGAUGCUGAUAUCAUUAUUCGAAUGGGUUUCUUUAUUAAUGAUCUACAACGUGAUAUUCAGCGACUCCAUUCGAAACAAUUUAAUAAUGAUCAAUUAGGUACAACAUUUACAGUUUACCGUGGACAAGGUCUUUCGCAAAAAGAUUUCACCGAAAUGACAAAUACUAAAGGUGGACUUCUUUCAUUUGAUAACUUUUUAUCAACUAGUAAAAAUCGUAGUGUAUCUCUUAGUUUUGCCCAACAAGCUGCUACAAAUCCUGAUCUUGUUGGAAUUCUAUUUGUUAUGUCAAUUAAUCCUGCUCAUUCAACAACUCCAUUUGCUUCUGUUAGUGAUGUUAGUUAUUUUCAUAAGGAAGAUGAAGUUCUCUUUUCUAUGCAUACCAUUUUUCGUAUUGGAGAUAUUAAACCACUGAAUGGAAACAAUCAUCUUUAUAAAGUGAAUUUAGCAUUGACCAGUGACAACGAUCAAGAACUUCGUACUCUUACUGAUCGUAUUCGACAGGAAACUUUUCCAGAUUCGAGAGGAUGGUUCAGAUUAGGAUUACUGCUAAUUAAAAUGGGUCAGUUUAACAAGGCUCAAGAAGUUUACGAAGUUUUACUUGAUCAGGCAACGCAUGAAAGUGGCAAGGCACCUAUUUAUUAUCAACUAGGUUUGAUCAAAUAUAAUCAAGGAGAAUAUCAAGAAGCACUUCCAUUUCAUGAAAAAGCUCUUACAAUUCGACAACAACUACUUCCUUUCAAUCAUCCUGAUUUAGGAGAUUCGUAUAAUAGAAUCGGUAGUGUAUAUUACAGCAUGGGUGAUUAUCCAAAAGCGCUUUCAUAUUAUGAAAAAUCCCUUACAAUUCGAAAACAAUCAUUUGCUUCCAAUCAUCCUGAUUUGGGUGCUUCUUAUAACAACAUUGGUUUGGUGUACUACAAAAUGGGUGAUAAUCCUAAAGCACUUUCAUCUUAUGAAAAAACCCUUGCAAUUCAGCAACAAUCACUUCCUGCCAAUCAUCCUGAUUUGGGUGUGUCUUAUGUCAACAUCGGUGGUUUAUAUUAUAGCAUGAAGGAUUAUCCAAAAGCACUUUCUUAUUAUGAAAUAGCUCUUGCACUCAAACAACAAUCACUUCCUGCCAAUCAUCCUGAUUUGGCUUUAUCCUAUGUGGGCAUCGGUAAUGUGUAUUACAGCAUGAGUGAUUAUUCAAAAGCACUUUUAUCUUAUGAAAACGCCCUUGUAAUUCGACAGCACUCACUUUCUUCCAAUCAUCCUGAUUUGGCUAUAUCUUAUAACAAUAUCGGUAGUGUGUAUUAUAGCAUGGGUGAUUAUUCAAAAGCACUUUCUUAUUAUGAGAAAGAUCUUGUAAUUCGACAAAAAUCACUUACAUCCAAUCAUCCUGAUUUGGGUGCUUCCUAUAGCCACAUCGGUAGGGUGUAUGAGAAAUUGAACAAAAAUUCAAAAGCUCAUUCAUUUUAUGAACGUGCUGUACAAAUUGGACAGCAAUCAUUAUCAACAAAUGAUCCUAGACUUCAAAAAUGGACAACAAACCUCGAACGCAUGAAAAAAAACUUAUAA